AUCCACUUCGUCGCCUGCCCUUCAAAAACCCUAGCUCUCCCCUCCGACAAGAAGGUACCCCCAUCAGGUCGUCCUCGACGGGCAUGAGGGAUCGAGGCGUCCCAAGAAAAAGCUAGAAUUCUUCUCUAUCGAUCUCUAGGGUUUCAGUUAGAGCGCAACCCAUGGAGCUUCUCAGAGCCGCGGCUGACGAGGUGUCGACGCCUUCGACGAAGGAGCGCGUUCGGAUCUUCAGAGAAACACUGCCUCCCCUUCUACAGAGCUCUGAGUUAUCAUCUGAUGUCGCAUCAUUAUUGGUUGAUAUUGUUUUCCAAACACUGCUCUUAUAUGAUGACCGACCGUCAAGAAAGGCUGUAGAUGAUUUGAUUAUUAAAGCUCUAGGGCAGACUACCUUCAUGAAGUGUUUUGCUGCAUCCCUUGUUCAGUCUAUGGAGAAGCAUUCAAAGAUUCGCAGUGCUGUAGGAAGCUACAAACUUCUCAAGUGGUCAUGCCUCCUUUUAAGAUGGAGCCAAUUUACCUCUGUUUCAAAAAGUGGGUUCUUAAGACUCGCUAUGGCACAGACAUUCCUAUGCCAAGACAUUAUGCAAGGUCCAUUCCGUAAACGUAGGGCUUGCAAGAAUAUGUUUUUUCAACUGUUCUAUGAGUCUCCUGAUAUUUAUAAGAUGUACAUAGGGGAGCUAAAGGAUUCAAGUAUUUCCAGUAGGGAUGGUGCUGGACUGAUCAAAAUAUUGCUUGAAUUUUCAAUUGCUACUCCUUCCUUGUUUGAGGAAUGCAAGCCAGUAUUCCUUGAAGUGUAUGUGAAAACAAUUCUAAAUGCAAAGGAUAGGCCAUCAAGAGCUUUUGGUGAAGCUUUUCAACCACUUCUCAUGCAUUUGGAGCAUGAAGAUUUUAAGACCCUUGUGGUUCCGUCGUCCAUCAAAAUGCUAAAACGGAAUCCAGAGAUUGUGUUGGAAUCUGUUGGAGAUUUAUUAAAAUCGGUCAAUCUUGAUUUAAGCAAGUAUGCGCUCGAAUUUCUUUCUGUUGUCCUGCCACAGGCUCGGCAUGUGGAUGAAGCAAGACGAAUGAGGGCUUUGACUAUUGUAGGCUGUUUGAGUCAAAUGUCCAGUGAUCCAGAUGCUCUGCCUUCAAUGUUCAGUGCCAUAAAAGCCAUAAUAGGAGGCUCAGAGGGAAAACUAGCAGUCCCUUUCCAGAGGAUUGGAAUGAUAAAUGCUUUACAAGAGUUGUCAAAGGCUCCAGGCGGGAAAACAUUUAACAGACUGGCUUCUUCUGUAUCUGGUUUCCUCUUAUCCUGUUACAAGGACGACGGAAGUGAGGAGGUGAAGCUGGCGAUCCUGUCGGCUUUGGCAUCUUGGUUGUCGAGGUCUGCUGAAGCUGUUCAGCCAGAUGUUGUCUCUUUUAUUGCUUUGGGCUUAAGGGAGAAGGAGACUCUAAGAAAGGGACAUCUUAGAUGUUUGCGACUCGUAUGCAAGAAUGCCGACUCAUUAACAAGGGUCUCAUCUUUACUGGAGCCUCUUGUUCAGCUAGUGAAAAUUGGUUUUAGCAAAGCAACACAAAGGUUGGAUGGAAUUUAUGCACUCUUUUCAGUAGCCAAAAUUGUCUCUAUUGAUGCCAAAGCAGAAGAAACUCUGAUGAAGGAGAAGCUUUGGGCAUUGAUUGCUCAAAAUGACUCAUCGCUGCUGCCUAUAUCUCUGGUUUCAAAAUUAUCAAAUGAAGAUUGUAUAACCUUUAUAGAUCUUCUUGGGGCUCUGCUUGUUGAACAUCCGUACAGAGUGUCAGAGUUCUUGUCUAUCAAAACCUUGUUACAGUUACUACUUUAUCUAAUAUGCCAUCCAAGUUGGGAUGUUCGCAAGGUGGCUCAUGAUGCCACCAGCAGGAUUAUCUCCUCUCUGGAUCUGGCGGUGGAACUUCUUCUUGAAUUUACAAAUUGGUUGUCAGUAAUUGGAGACAGAGUGACACUAAUGAAACUAAGUGAUUCCGAAAGCUCUACUGACACCCAAAUGCCGUUCAUUCCGUCCAUCGAAGUCUUAGUGAAAUGUUUGCUUCUGAUUGCGCCUGCAGCUGUUGCCAGUAGCCCAGGAUCUUAUUCUCGGCUUAUCUUUUGCUCACACCAUCCUUCCAUUGCUGGCGGUAGUUGCAGUAGUGGAGUUUGGAAGAGGCUCCGAAGAAGCUUGCAGAAGCAUGGAUAUGAUAUUAUUGAGAUAAUGGCUGCAAACAUUGGGACAAUUUGCAAGGAUUUACUUGGGCCAAUGGGAUUGUGGAGUUCCAAUGCUCUGGAACAGCGUGCAUCAUUAUGUGCAUUAUCAACAUUAAUGACAAUAACACCCCAUGACACAUUUUUAGAGUUUGAAAGACACUUCAGCAAGCUUCCGGACUUCUCUUUGCACGAUACUCUGUCAGAAAAUGAUAUUAAGAUUUUUAAUACUCCAGAAGGACAAUUGUCAAGUGAGCAAGGCAUAUAUGUUGCUGAGACUGUCACUGCCAAAAACAUGAAACUUGCUAAGGGUCGUUUCCGUGUUUAUGAUGAUCAAGAUGGCUUGGAGAAUGUUUCAGCUAGUCUUCCAGUUCAGAAAGAGCCAAACAAAAGAGAAGCUGCAACUACUGGGAAAAAGGAUUUAGGGAAGUCUACCAAAAAAAAUGUUCAUGUGGACAAGACGAAAACAGCAAAGGAGGAGGCAAGGGAGUUGCUACUGAAGGAGGAAGCAUCUAUUCGUGAGAAGGUUAGGUGUAUACAGAAGAAUCUCUCAGUGAUGCUAACUGCUCUUGGUGAGAUGGCUAUUGCUAAUCCCGUAUUCACACAUGGUCGGCUACCUUUACUGGUAACUUAUGUUGAGCCUUUACUACGCUCUCCAAUAGUAAGUGAUGCAGCAUUUUGCACCAUGCUAAAACUUGCAAGGUGUAUAGCCCCUCCUCUUUGUAACUGGGCUCCAGAGAUUGCUGCUGCUUCACGCAUAAUUUCUACUGAGGAUGUACAUGUAGUCUGGGAGCUUAUGCCUCAAGCUGUUGAAGGAGAAGUUCAUCAAAAGCCACCAUUGAGUUUCUUUGAGCAAAUAGUCUCAGGGUUAUCAGUGUCAUGCAAAUCCGAACCCCUUCCAGCAGAUUCCUUUACAUUUAUUUUUCCGAUUAUCGAGCAGAUUCUGUACUCUUCAAAGAAGACAGUGCUUCAUGAUGAUGUGCUUAAGAUACUAGCGAUGCACUUGGAUCCUAUAUUGCCUCUUCCCAGGCUACGGAUGCUAUCGGUUCUUUACCAUGUUUUAGGUGUUGUUCCGGCUUAUCAAGGAUUAAUUGGACCGAUGUUAAAUGAAUUAUGUUUAGGUCUGCAAGCUGAUCAGCUGUCAUCAGCUCUUUGUGGCGUCUAUGCAAAAGAUGUACAUGUGAGACUUGCCUGCUUAAAUGCUAUAAAAUGCAUUCCUUCUGUUUCUGGUCAUUCCCUACCACAGGAUUUUAAGGUUUCAACAAGUAUUUGGAUCGCUUUGCAUGAUCCAGAAAAGGCAGUCGCUGAACUGGCAGAAGAAGUAUGGGAUCGCUAUGGAUUUGAUUUUGGAACUGACUAUUCUGGUCUUUUUGAUGCACUUUCCCAUGCCAACUUUAAUGUGCGUGUGGCUGCUGCUGAGGCGUUAGCUGCAGCCUUGGAUGAAAACCCGGAUACAAUACAGGAUACACUAUCUACUUUAUUUUCUCUAUAUGUCCGAGAUCUUGGAACUGGAGACAUGGAUGAUCCCUGCUGGUUAGGGAGACAAGGUGUAGCUUUGGCACUUCACUCUGCUGCAGAUGUUUUGAGAACUAAAGAUCUUCCUGUUGUUAUGACAUUUCUGAUAUCACGUGCCCUGGCUGAUCCUAACAUGGAUGUUCGUGCCAGAAUGAUAAAUGCUGGCAUCAUGAUUAUAGACAAGCAUGGAAAAAAAAAUGUCCCUUUGCUUUUUCCUAUAUUUGAAAGUUACUUAAAUAAAAAGGCAUCAGAUGAAGAAAAAUACGAUCUCGUGAGGGAGGGUGUUGUUAUAUUCACAGGAGCCCUUGCAAAACAUUUGGCAAAGGAUGAUCCUAAAGUCCAUACUGUUGUUGAGAAGCUGUUAGACGUUCUUAACACUCCCUCGGAGGCAGUCCAGCGAGCAGUCUCUGACUGUUUAUCUCCACUUAUGGUCUCAAAUCAGGAAGAUGGCGAGGCACUUAUUUCCGAACUCCUGAAUCGAUUGAUGAAAAGUGAUAAGUAUGGGGUGCGCCGUGGUGCAGCUUUUGGACUUGCAGGGGUUGUUAAAGGCUUUGGUAUUUCAUGCUUAAAGAAGUAUGGCAUUAUAGUUUCAUUACGUGAAGGUUUGGAAGACAGAAAUUCUGCAAAGUCUCGUGAAGGAGCUUUACUUGGAUUUGAGUGCCUCUGCGAGAAGCUUGGUAGAUUGUUUGAGCCGUAUGUGAUUCAGAUGCUGCCAUUGCUUUUGGUUUCUUUCUCUGAUCAAGUUCUUGCCGUACGUGAAGCUGCUGAGUGUGCUGCUCGAGCAAUGAUGUCACAACUUACUGGUCAUGGAGUGAAGCUUAUCCUUCCUUCGCUUCUUAGGGGGCUAGAGGACAAAGCAUGGCGAACUAAGCAAAGCAGUGUACAACUGCUUGGUGCUAUGGCAUACUGUGCACCUCAGCAACUGUCUCAGUGCCUACCCAAGAUUGUUCCAAAACUGACAGAGGUUUUAACUGACACACACCCUAAAGUCCAAGCUGCGGGACAAACAGCUCUUCAGCAGGUUGGAAGUGUCAUAAAGAAUCCAGAGAUAUCUUCUAUUGUCCCAACCCUGUUGAUGGGUCUCACCGACCCUCACGAGUACACAAAGCACUCUCUUGACAUCCUUCUUCAAACAACUUUUAUCAACUCAAUAGAUGCACCAUCAUUGGCGUUGCUGGUGCCUAUUGUUCAUAGAGGCUUGAGGGAGAGGAGUGCAGACACUAAGAAAAGAGCAGCUCAGAUAGUUGGAAAUAUGUGCUCAUUGGUAACUGAACCAAAGGAUAUGAUUCCAUACAUAGGAUUGCUUCUCCCUGAAGUCAAAAAGGUUCUGGUUGAUCCUAUACCAGAAGUUCGCUCUGUUGCAGCCAGAGCUCUUGGAUCUCUUAUCAAGGGAAUGGGUGAAGAGAACUUCCCAGAUCUCGUGUCAUGGUUAUUAGAUACACUUAAAUCUGAUAGCAGUAAUGUAGAAAGGUCUGGAGCUGCCCAAGGAUUGAGCGAGGUUUUGACAGCUCUUGGUAAGGAAUAUUUUGAACGCAUUCUUCCUGACAUCAUCCGGAAUUGUUCUCAUCAAAGGGCAUAUGUUCGUGAUGGGUAUUUAACACUUUUUAAGUACUUGCCAAGGUCACUGGGUGUCAUGUUUCAGAAUUAUUUGCAAGUGGUGUUGCCUGCUAUACUAGAUGGGCUUGCCGAUGAAAAUGAAUCUGUUCGUGAUGCGGCACUCAGUGCUGGACACAUUUUUGUGGAGCAUUAUGCGAUGACGUCUUUACCUUUGUUACUUCCUGCUGUUGAGGAUGGCAUUUUUAGUGACAACUGGCGUAUUCGACAGAGUUCUGUUGAGCUUCUGGGUGAUCUUCUUUUUAAGGUUGCGGGAACAUCUGGAAAAGCAAUUCUUGAGGGUGGCAGCGAUGAUGAAGGUGCAAGUACCGAGGCUCACGGUCGUGCUAUUAUUGAUGUAUUGGGUAGGGCUAAGCGUAAUGAAGUUCUUGCUGCAGUAUAUAUGGUCCGCACUGAUGUCAGCUUGUCUGUACGGCAGGCUGCUUUGCAUGUGUGGAAGACUAUUGUGGCAAAUACUCCAAAGACUCUUAAAGAAAUUAUGCCAGUUCUAAUGAAUACGCUAAUUUCUUCUCUCGCUUCAUCUUCUUCAGAAAGACGGCAGGUUGCUGGAAGAUCUCUUGGGGAGCUUGUUAGGAAACUUGGUGAAAGAGUUUUGCCUUCUAUUAUUCCAAUUCUAUCACAAGGACUCAAGGACCCAAAUACUAGUAGAAGAAAAGGGGUAUGUAUUGGUCUUAGCGAGGUGAUGGCUAGUGCUGGUAAACACCAACUAUUGAAUUUCAUGGAUGAACUCAUCCCUACAAUUCGCACAGCUCUUUGUGAUAGCACGCCAGAGGUUCGCGAAUCUGCAGGCUUGGCAUUUAGUACUCUUUAUAAGAGUGCUGGAAUGCAAGCAAUUGAUGAAAUUGUUCCCACACUUCUGCGCUCUUUAGAAGAUGAUGAAACCUCUGAUACAGCUUUAGAUGGUCUUAAACAAAUAUUAAGUGUUAGGACUACAGCUGUCUUGCCUCAUAUCUUGCCCAAGCUGGUCCAUCUUCCCCUCUCUGCCUUUAAUGCCCAUGCGUUAGGAGCCUUAGCAGAGGUUGCUGGGCCUGGUCUAAAUUCUCAUAUUGGAACGAUCCUUCCAGCAUUGCUACUUGGAAUGGGUGAUGACAACGUGGAUGUGCAAAACUCUGCCAAGAAAGCUGCAGAAACAGUUGUGCUGGUUAUUGAUGAAGAAGGAAUUGAUUCUUUAAUCUCGGAGCUUCUUAAAGGAGUUGCUGACAAUCAGGCUUUGAUGAGAAGAGGUUCUUCCUAUCUAAUAGGAUACUUUUUCAAAAACAGCAAAUUAUAUUUGGUGGACGAAGCUCCCGACAUGAUCUCUACACUGAUUACUUUAUUAAGUGAUACAGAUUCAGCUACAGUCGCGGUUGCUUGGGAAGCUUUAGGAAGGGUUGUGGGGUCUGUUCCCAAAGAAGUUCUCUCUUCAUAUAUCAAACUAGUUCGUGAUGCUGUGUCUACAGCAAGAGACAAAGAGCGAAGAAAAAGAAAGGGAGGAUCCAUUCUUAUACCUGGGUUGUGUCUGCCAAAAGCUCUUCAACCUUUGCUUCCUAUCUUUCUUCAGGGUUUAAUUAGUGGCUCAGCUGAAGCUCGAGAGCAAGCAGCACAGGGCUUGGGCGAGUUGAUUGAUGUGACAAGUGAGCGAACACUGAAGGAGUUUGUUGUUCCGAUAACUGGGCCUCUCAUCCGAAUCAUAGGCGAUCGGUUCCCAUGGCAAGUGAAAGCAGCCAUCUUAUCAACAUUAUCCAUCAUUAUAAGCAAAGGAGGAAUUGCACUUAAGCCUUUUCUUCCACAGCUUCAAACUACAUUUGUAAAAUGCCUUCAAGAUAAUGCAAGGACGGUUCGUAGAAGUUCAGCUCUUGCUUUGGGAAAGCUUAGUGCACUAAGCACUCGAGUUGACCCAUUAGUUGGUGAUCUUCUAACUACAUUGCAGGCAUCGGAUGGUGGUGUUAGGGAAGCUGUGCUAACUGCUCUUAAUGGUGUUGUUAAGCAUGCUGGGAAGUGUGUAAGCAGUGGUACCAGAUCUCGUGUUUGCAUUCUCCUUGGAAAUAUGCUACAGGUGGAUGAUGAUGAAGUGCGGGAUACUGCAGCAAAAGUUCUAGGCACUAUAUCGCAGUACAUGGAAGAAAAUGAGUUCUUGGAUCUAUUGCAAACACUGUCUGCUUUGAGUGCAUCACCAACCUGGUUCAUUAGACAUGGCUCUAUGCUUACAUACUCUUCUAUGUCUCUUCAUAACCCAUCCAUGAUAUGCCAGUCUCCACAUUACCCAUCCCUUACAAGCCAUUUUAAGGAUGCUUUGAAGGAUGAUAAGUUCCCAAUCCGUGAAACUGUAACCAAGGCAUUGGGAAGGCUACUUCUGUAUCAGGUCCAAAAUGAAGGAAACACCAACACUACACAACUUCUGCAAUUACUUGUUUCAGCGUUGCAAGAUGAUUCCAGUGAAGUCAGGAGAAGAUCUUUAUCCAGUAUAAAAGCAGUUGCAAAGGCAAAUCCUUCUGUUGUUACAUCCAACCUUUUGAAUUUGGGCCCAGCAAUUGCAGAUUGUUUGAAGGAUGGGAAUACUCCUGUUCGAAUGGCUGCUGAACGUUGUGCCCUGCAUGUUUUCCAAUUAACAAAAGAUAAUGUUCAGGCCGCACAGAAAUAUAUCACAGGUUUAGAUGCUAGGAGAUUGGCAAAGUUUCCUGAAAACAGCGACGAAAGUGGAAACAGUGAUGAUGAUGCAGCAAACACAUGAGAUGAGCGUAGAUUUGUCAUUCAGUAGAAAUUCCCAAUCAUAAUGGGAUUUUGCACAGAUUAGACACUGUGUUUUUCUUUUGGAUACAGCCAAUUGAAGUUUUCACAUUUCAUUCUUUUGGCAGUCGGGAGAAGCUUCCGGGGAUCAAAACACCAAGUACUGAUUGCUAAGAGGUUUUUUGUAUUAUUUAUUCUGACCCUGUCCCCUCCCUCAUCCCAAGUUUUGUACUGGAUGUAUUUUGACAAAGCAUACAGCCAGGAUCCAUAGUGGAAGAAGGUUCCCUUAAUUUGUCUUGUAAAACGUUGUUUCUUAUAUUGCAAGUAAUGAGAAGCAAAUCGAGUGUUGUUGCCUCUCA